AUGCUCUCCGUUUUCAUUGAUUUCAGAGGUCUGGAGGGUGUUCAGCGUGUGCUCAGCAUCCUAUUAGAGGACUUGGUGAAGGGCAGCUGCCGAGCGCGGGUCCCGGUGCGAUGGAGAGGCCAGGCCGCGGCAGCCACCGCGGCGACCAGCACCGAGCCCCGGAUAGAGCCACAAGCGCGGAAACCGAAAACAGGAAUCUUGCUGUUGAACAUGGGUGGUCCAGAAAGGCUGGAUGAUGUGCACGACUUCCUGCUUCGUCUCUUCUUGGACAGGGAUCUAAUGACUCUUCCAGCACAAAACAAACUGGCGCCGUUCAUCGCCAAACGCCGCACGCCGAGGAUCCAGGAGCAGUACAGCAGGAUUGGAGGCGGGUCGCCCAUCAAGAAGUGGACGGCCGUGCAGGGAGAAGCCAUGGUGAAGCUGCUCGACAGGAUGUCUCCUCACACGGCGCCUCACAAGUACUACAUCGGUUUCCGCUACGUCCACCCUCUGACGGAAGAAGCGGUCGAAGAGAUGGAGCGAGACGGGGUGGAGAGGGCGAUCGCCUUCACGCAGUACCCGCAGUACAGCUGCUCCACCACGGGAAGCAGUUUAAAUGCAAUUUAUCGCUACUAUCAUAAAAAGGGGGAGAAGCCAAAGAUGAAGUGGAGUAUAAUUGACCGCUGGCCCACACAUCCCCUUCUUAUUCAGUGCUUCACUGAUCACGUGCAGAAGGAGCUGGAUCUGUUCCCCCCCGACAAGAGGAAAGACGUGGUCAUCCUGUUCUCGGCGCACUCGCUGCCCAUGUCGGUGGUGAACCGCGGCGAUCCGUACCCUCAGGAAGUGGGAGCUACUGUGCAAGGCGUCAUGGAGAGGCUCAACUACUCCAACCCCUACCGGCUCGUGUGGCAGUCCAAGGUUGGCCCAAUGCCUUGGCUUGGCCCACAGACGGAUGAAACCAUUAAGGGACUGAGUAAAAGAGGAAAGAAGAACCUCUUGUUGGUCCCAAUAGCCUUUACAAGUGAUCACAUUGAAACGCUUUAUGAACUAGAUAUUGAGUAUGCCCAAGUUUUAGCAAAUGAGUGUGGAGUCGAAAACAUCAGAAGAGCAGAGUCUCUUAAUGGAAAUCCACUGUUCUCCAAGGCUCUGGCGGACUUGGUGUGUUCACACAUCCAGUCAAAUGAGAUCUGCUCGAAGCAGCUAACCCUGUGCUGCCCGCUGUGUGUGAACCCCGUGUGCAGGAAGACCAAAGCCUUCUUCACCAGCCAGCAGCUGUGACGGGCA